AUGGCGGUGGAUACGAACUUCGCAUCCCUAUUCGAAAAGCUGAAGGUGGAAGAUGCGUGGCUUCCUCCUUCUACCUGGGAGUCCAUCCCUUCGCAAAAUGCUGCCUCCCGUCGCUCACACUCCGGCCACCUUGAUUCGUCCAGCUCGCCUCCCCUCGUUUCUUCCGUCUCGGAGACAAGUUUGGUGAGGUUAGCGUUGAAUGCUAUGCAAGGAGUUGCAUCAGCUCUCCUAAGCAUUGAGAAGCUCUCUGUCGCCUUUUACUCAGACUCUGCUGAUAGAACCUACCACAGAAUUCCCAGUCUAUGGAGUCGUUCUUCAAGCACUCAAGCUAUGGGAAAGAUUCUCAACUCAAUCGGCUGCUUUGGAUGUUUGGUUUUUCUUCUCAGGAAAUUUGUUGAUCAUUUCACUUGUUUGAGCUCUGAAACAUAUUCACCUGGAAGGAAACAUGGUUUUCCUAAUGUGGUUGCCGAAGGGAGUGGCUGCUAUGGUAAUACAGGAGAUGUAGACUAUCCUCCUUACAGUUUAGUGAAUCAAGCAUUUGCAGUUGCUGUUGGCAAGGUUUUAGAAGGGUACAUCUGUAGUUUAAAUACAGUAUGUGCUUCAGUGGGUUUAAGGCAUUCAUCAAACGCUGGGGCUCCCUUGGUUCUGUCAUCUGAAGGGACAGCUCCUCUCACCAGUGUGGUGCACCCUGAAGUUACCCUGCUGGAAAUUUAUCUGCACACUAAGGAACUGAGAACAAGGAUUGAAGCUCUUGGGAACAUCUGCAAUCUACACAGUAUAGCGCUAAGCUUCUCUGUCUCUUCAUUUGAAGAGUUAGGUGCAAAAGCAAAUUCAGAAUUUAUCAAUUUCCACAGAGGAGGCAAUCUUCUUAGUCACUUGUAUGGACAACUACAGGUUGCUGAUCCUGGUCAUUGCACUCUCCUCAAGUUCCUCUUUCUUCGGUCAUUUGAACCAUAUUAUGGAUUUAUAAGGUCCUGGAUAUUUAAGGCUGAGAUCACUGACCCAUAUAAGGAAUUUGUAGUGGAAUAUGUGGGUAGUUUGGAGCCUCACCCAUAUGGUAACGUUGGAAUGCCUAUUGAAUUACCAUUGCCAAGUAUCAAGGAGCGAGAUGGAGUUUCUGUGCCUUGUUUCCUCAAAGACAGUUUGAGUCCAAUAAUCAGAGCUGGUCAGCAGCUCCAAGUACUGAAGAAAUUGCUUGAGUUUUGUGCUUAUGUUGGCUCAGAUGAUCAUACAUAUGAUGACUUUCUCCCCAGCUGGAAUGGAUAUUCAAGUAAUCAUAUGUUUUGCACAACUCCGCUGACUUUCAGCAAGGGAUAUUUAGAAGAAAUGGUAAUUGCAAGGAACAACUACUAUGUAAACAUGCAGGAUAAAAUUGAAAAGCUGCUGAGUGGAUUGGAACUUAGAUACCAGCAGGUGGCACCUCGUGUGUUUGGACCUGUAUUUCUCGAGAGAGACAAUGGAAGUGUACAAAAUGUUGACAUGGAAGACAGGGCUGUCGAUCGUGUUGAUUCUGAAUUCUCCCAUAUGAAGGUGGAAAACCAAGAAUUUGAUUUCCUGGAUGCAUCUGAGGUUUCAGAAUGUUCCUCUGCCAGUGAUUCCGAAGAGGAGAGUAAUUCUGAGCUGAUCAGGAGUGAUUGUGUUAUUCAGGAUCAAAGAUAUCUAUCUGCUUUGAGGUUUUCUAAGUGUAGUACUACUGACAGUCCAUUACCUAAGCCGACAAGAGUCGAACAACCCCUUCUUGUGGACAGCAAGUCGCAUGUCGUUUUUGAGAAGACACAAUCAAUGGAUUACAUGAGUUUGUUUCAAAAUGAAACACCUGCAGGAAACUUGUCGGUGUCUUCUUAUAUAUGGACAGGCAGAGGCUCAUGUAUCACUGAUAGACUACACACAGCUUGUGCAACUGAGAAUCGGUGGUUACAUGGACUUGCAAACAUCUCUGGUUAUAGUGAGCAACAUAACUCUUCUCUGGAAUACCAAACGAAUAGGGAAACUUUAAGUGGAGGUCCGCCACUAUUUACAAAGAGGAUGUGCACUAAGAAUGGUUUGAUAAAGGAAGUCUUGGGCAAUGUUUUGGAUACAAAUGACAACCCUGCUUCAGGAAUCUCUGGUAUUCUGCCCUGGGAGACCCGUUACGGAUCUGAUUUUCUUAGUGGAACCCCAAUGUGGGGGAAACUUAAGCACUUUCAUCUGUGGAGCAAACCAUUAGAUGCUAGAUUAUUAGCUUAUUUUAACUUUUCAACUGUGGUGGAUCCUUGUACUGCGUCCCUGGAGAAGGUAGAUAGCAAUGCAAUACUUGAUUCACGGUCUCAAUUUCCAUCAUCUUCCAAUGAUCCUCUUGCCAGUAAAAUCAGACACGAGAAACAAAAACACUUUGGUGAAGAUGACGUGAUACUUAAUAAUUAUGCUGAAGUGCCUUCUGCUAGCUCGCCUGCAAACUUGAAAGAGCACAAUCAAGCUGGCAGAGUACCUGCAGAUGUUUGUGGUGGUAAUAGUUGGGAGAAGCUGCUUGGUAGUUCUCAUUAUACUGGCAAUGCAAGUUCUGGAGGCCACAGGGAGAGUGCACCGGGUGUGUUUCGGAUUCCACUUGAUUUUAUUGUUGACAAAUGUCUCGUGCAGGAAAUCUUGCUCCAGUAUAAGUAUGUCAGUAAGUUGGUUAUCAAGAUGCUGGAAGAAGGGUUCGGAUUGCAAGAGCAUUUGCUAGCAAUGAGGCGAUACUUUUUCAUGGAAUCAGCAGACUGGGCGGAUUUGUUUAUCAUGUCCCUUCAGGAUCAUAAAUGGUCUGUUAUGGAGGUGGAUCAAAAAGUCCCAGAGAUUCAAGGAAUCCUUGAGUUGUCACUUCAAAGGUCCUCUUGUGAGAGAGAUCCUAACAAGGAUCGGCUAUUUGUGUACACAAAAGGACGUGGUUUAAUGCUUUCAUCUGCAGUUGGAGUCAAUGCCCUUGACUUUCUUGGUUUGGGUUACCGAGUAGAAUGGCCAAUCAGUAUCAUUUUGACCCCAAGAGCUUUGAAAAUGUAUGCUCUCAUAUUCAGUUUCCUGAUGAAAGUGAAGCUCGCUGCUUCAUCUCUGACGGACAUAUGGUGCUCCUUGAAGGUUGUCAUUCAAUUGAUCAGUAAAAACCGCCAUUCUGCUCUAUACCACCAGGAAUUGGGUCAUUGGAAUAUGCUGAUAAAUAUGAGGCAUAAGCUAAAUCAUUUUGUGUCCACCAUACAACAAUACGUGCAGUCCCAGCUCUCGCACGUAUCUUGGUGCAGGUUUCUUCAGUCUCUGAAGCUUAAGGUCAAAGAUAUGAUGGAUCUGGAGCUAGUGCACAUGGCAUACCUAACUGAUUCUCUGCAUAUAUGUUUCCUCUCCGAUGAAUCACGGCAGGUAGCUGGCAUCAUCGUAAACAUGCUGCAAUGUGCCUUGGAUUUCCGGUCUUGUGUUAUAGGUGGCAUGAGGGAUGUACGAGUGGAUCAGGCAAGCUCGCCCAACAGCCGACUUUCUGGGAUAAGUGUCCCACAGGUGAUGGCAAUAAAGCGGAAGUUUGAGAGCAACCUGAAAGAACUGCAUCUUUGUUAUCUCAAGUCUCCCAAGCACGGAGAUGCUGGGCUUUCCUGCUUCUGGGGACAUCUAAACUACAACAACUACUACUCAUAUUUGGACAGCGAGAUGGGCCUGCUUCCAUUCUAA